CUAUCCUGUCUCUGUCUUGAUUCUGAUGCGAGUGGUUAUUGCAGAAACCCCAACCCUCGCUCCAUUACCCUUCUCCUAGAUCGGGUAUCUUAUUUCAUCUGGUGACCUGAGAUGAGAAGGUAAAUAGGUGAUGGUGGCGUUUUAAGCUGAUUUAUAAACUUUGCCCUCUGGUUCCAUUGGAUUUUGAACCAUAUUUAUGAUGGGCAAAGGACGGCAAUAAUUAAAGUCAGAUGAAAAUCCAGGAGAUUGGUGUUAGUAGAAAGGCUGAAGUUAUUACUAAUGGCUUUGAAGUUUAUAGCGAUUUCUGCAGUUUCCACGCUUUUAAGCUUUGUGGGUCUGCAGUUUUGCACAGACUUGUCCUUAGAUAAACUUAAAUCAGAUGGACUAAUUGGCUGGAAUUUAAUACAUUUGGACAAUGCUGACCAUGACAUUGAGUUACCUCUGGGUUUGUACACAACCACAUUUCUACUGGUGAAUUGCAUGAUCAAUGUAUUUAUCCUUCUCAGUCUUUGUCUCAAGGCUGUGUUCUUCACGGAGUUGUAUUCUUCGGAAACUCGUAAACUGAUUGAGCGUGUCAUUAAUUAUGUCAUUUACAAGGGAACAUUUCUGCCACUAAUUGUGCCGCCAACAAUUUAUCAGGCAGGUCUUUGGUCAACUUGGUUGACUGUGCUUUGUUCUUUAAAGAUGUUUCAAGCUUUGGCUAGAGAUCGUUUGGAGCGGCUGAAUGCAUCUCCGUCUGCUACACCCUGGACAUAUCUUCGUGUAUACUCAGCAUUGUUAUUCGUUUUCUUGGUUGAUGUUCUUUGGAUAAGGCUUUGUCUGGCGAUAUAUAGAACACAUGCGUCCUCUUUGUUUCUGUUACUAUUCUUUGAGCCUUUCAGUAUUGCUUUUGAGACCCUACAGGCCAUUUUGGUACAUGGAUUUCAGUUGCUUGACAUAUGGCUUCAUCAUUCAGCUUGCAACAGCAGUGAUUGCCGAAUGCCUAAAGUGCUUGACACAUUAACAGCAGGUUCAUUAUUGGAAUGGAAGGGAAUUCUUAUUCGGAACUUGGGAUUUUUCCUAGACAUGGCAACAUUUUUUAUGGCACUUGGCCAUUACUUGUAUAUAUGGCGGCUUCAUGGCAUGGCUUUCCAUCUUGUAGAUGCAGUGCUAUUUCUAAAUAUACGUGCAUUGCUUAGUGCAAUAGUCAAUCGCAUAAAAGGCUUCAUCAGGCUAAGAAUAGCACUAGGAGCACUUCAUGCAGCUCUUCCUGAUGCAACAACUGAGGAGCUAAGAGCAUAUGAUGAUGAAUGUGCUAUUUGUAGAGAACCCAUGGCUAAGGCGAAAAAGCUAAACUGCAAUCACCUCUUCCAUCUUGCAUGUUUAAGAUCUUGGUUGGAUCAAGGCCUGACUGAGAUGUAUACUUGUCCAACAUGCCGGAAGCCACUUUUUGCAGGCCGGCCCGAAAAUGAAACAAACUCCAGUAUGGGGGAAAUAUCUAGUGAUGAGCAACUUGCCCGACAAAUAAGUGCAGGAUUUGAUCGGUCAAACUCUGCUAGACAUACCAUGCCUGCAGGAUUGUAUCCAAAUCAGCCACCGAACACUGCUGAAGGUGUUCCUUGGAGGGGUGCAGGACUGGACUCGGGUUGGUUGCAUUCUUGGCCCAAUCAAGGUGUUGAUGGAGCUGGUCCAUCUACUGCUAUCAGAACUGUUGGAUUGGGAAGAGUUCAAAUGAUGAUGAGGCAUCUUGCAGCUGUUGGAGAAACCUAUGCUCAGACCGCCUUUGAAGAUGCUGCUUGGAGCCUUUGGCCUAUUAAUCCUUCUCAGGCUUCUACAAGUGGUGCAAACAUUCCUUCCCCUGGUGGAAGAUUGCCAGGAGGAACUGGUAGUUUACAUAUAAGGACUGCAUCACAUUCUGCAAAUGAUAAUGUGGCAAAUAUACUUGCUAUGGCUGAUACUGUUCGGGAGGUUCUACCUCAUAUUCCAGAUGACAUAAUAUUCCAGGACUUGCAGCGGACAAAUUCUGUGACAGUUACGGUGAAUAAUCUUCUCCAAAUGUGAUGUAUUAAGGUAUUAUUUUGGUCAUCAAGGAUCAUGAAGAAUCAAGGACGUAGAGUUACAAUUGUCCUUGGAAAGUCAUAGGCUUCAUUUUAUGUAUAUAGAGUCAGCAAUUCAACCUGUUGUACUCGAAAAGAUAGCAGAAAGUAUAGGCUUUUUCUUUCUCUGUUAUCUUUGAAUUUGUGGUAAAAUAAAUGCGGUGUAUGUUCCACAAGUUUGUUCCCUUUCAAUUGUAAUUUUUAAGGUUGAAUCUACUGCUACGUCAAAUUAUGCCCUUCUCUUUUUCUGCUUUGUGGGAUUUAGGAGAGGUCCCCAGGGUGUC